CGGAGGCUUUCCGAACCGAACGGAAGCGGCGCGGCCGAGUCUGCACAAGCAGAGGGCAUGGCUAGCGCGUCGUCGGAGCCGGAGCCUGAAGGUGAGGCCGAGGCGCUGGCCGCGGCCCGCGAGCGGUGCCACCUCUUCCUGAGCGGCCUGGAGCUGGUGCAGCAGGGCGCCGAGGCUCGCGUCUUCCGCGGCCGUUUCCAGGGCCGCGCGGCGGUGGUGAAGCACCGCUUCCCUAAGACCUACCGGCACCCGGCGCUGGAGGCGCGGCUCGGCCGGCGGCGGACGGUGCAGGAGGCGCGCGCGCUGCUCCGCUGCCGUCGCGCGGGGAUAGCUGCUCCAGUUGUCUUCUUUGUGGACUAUGCUUCCAACUGCUUAUAUAUGGAAGAAAUUGAGGACUCGGUGACUGUUCGAGAUCAUAUUCAAUCCACUAUGGAGACUGAAAAAGACCCCCAAUGCCUGUUCGGCUUGGCCAGGAGAAUUGGGCAGGUUCUGGCUAGAAUGCAUGACCAGGAUCUCAUUCACGGGGACCUCACCACCUCCAACAUGCUCCUGAAACGACCCCUGGAGCAGCUGUGCAUCGUGCUCAUUGACUUUGGGCUGAGUUUUGUUUCAGGACUGCCAGAAGAUAAAGGUGUCGACCUCUAUGUCCUGGAGAAGGCCUUCCUCAGCACUCACCCCCACACCGAGGCUGUAUUUGAAGAAUUUCUUAAGAGCUACAGUGCCUCAUCCAAGAAGUCCAGUCCGGUGCUGAAGAAGUUAGAUGAGGUGCGCCUGAGAGGGCGGAAGCGGUCCAUGGUCGGGUAGCACAGUGCUGUGAUGAUGCUCACAGUGACGGAUGCUGUGGACGUGGCUGGACCUCAGCAAGGCUGCGGGGUCCUUAAGUGGUCAUCUGUGGCCCACUGUCCUCAGGGGUUUAAUGUACAUAAGGUGGCUCACUGUCCUCAGGGGUUUAAUGUACAUAAGGCUUGUUCUUGGCAGAACUGAGUGAGUAGCCCAGGCUGGCCUUGAAUUCAUAGCAACCCUCCUGCUUCGGCUUGCUGGAUAGAGGUUAUAAGCCACUGUGCCUGGCUUUGAACUGACUCUGUAAGAAAUGAAACAACUGCUAUGAGUAUAUUUUUAUAUCUUCUUAUAUUUCCUUUGUGUGAAGCUCAGAGAGCAACCUUUGAGCAUCAGGUCUCUGGUUCUACACUAUAAAAUCUACAAUAUGGAUUCAGGGUUUGAAUUCAAAUAAUUAGUCUUGGCUGUAAAA